AAUAAGCAGACGACAAAUUUUAAACUUCUUAUCACUUUUAUCAGUUUAUCUAAUUAGAGUUGUUGUCAAAAGUAAAACCAAAGAAAAUUUGACACAGAUUGAAGACAUUUUCUGCGUAGAAGAUGCGUCGCAUUACUUGCUGGUGCUUAGUUGUCACUGUUUUACUUCUAGUUAAUCAUGCGGAGGCAUGGAAACAUUUUUGGCGUGGAAAAUGGUUUAAAAGAAAUGUGGAACUAUCCUCAAGUAACACUAAUUUACCACCAGAUCAAUGGUUUGAUCAGAAGCUCGACCACUUUGAUGUUGUCAACUUAAAUACUUGGAAACAGCGGUAUCAUACCAAUGAUACUUUCUUUAAAGGAGAUAGCCCUGUCUUCUUGAUGAUUGGUGGUGAAGGUGAAGCUAGCCCAAAAUGGAUGGUACAAGGCAUGUGGAUUGAGUGGGCAAAACAGUUUAAUGCUCUGUGCUUCCAGCUCGAACACAGAUAUUAUGGAAAAAGUCAUCCAACAAAGAACAUGAGCACUAAGAAUCUCAAAUACCUCAGCAGUGAACAGGCUCUUGCAGACUUGGCUUAUUUCAUUGAAGCAAAGAAGAAAGAACUAAAACUGUCCAACAACAAAUGGAUCGUGUUUGGUGGUUCCUACUCAGGCUCAUUGGCAGCUUGGUUCAGGCUAAAAUAUCCCCAUCUUGCACAUGGUGCUGUUGCAUCUAGUGCACCCCUUUUUGCAAAAAUAAAUUUCAAAGAAUACCUUGGCGUUGUUACCAAUGCUUUGCAAACAACAUCGCAAAGUUCUAAGUGCACUAGUGCUAUAGAACAGGCAACUAUUGCCUUGGAAGAUGAGAUCCAAUCAACAAGUUGCUGCAAAACAAUGGACAAACUGUUUAGCCUUUGUGAUCCCCUUGAUACCACAAACAAACUAGACGUUGCAAAUUUCUUUGAAACUUUGGCUGGCAAUUUCGAAGGCGUUGUCCAGUACAACAAAGACAAUCGCGAUUUUAAAGGUGCAAACAUCACGAUGGACGUUUUGUGUGAUAUGAUGACGGAUCCCAAAAUUGGCUCUCCACUUGCUCGUUAUGCAGCAGUAAAUAAUGUGUUGUUAGGCACUACGGGGGAGAAGUGUCUCGACUACAAGUACGAUAAAUUUCUCAAAGACAUGCGUUCUACAGACUGGAAUAGUUCCGCUUCUGAGGGAGGUCGCCAAUGGACAUACCAAACCUGCACUGAAUUUGGCUAUUACCAAUCGUCCGACCUUGAGGAUCAGCCCUUUGGGAAAAGAUUUCCCAUUGCAUUUUCUGUUCGCCAGUGUAGUGAUAUUUUUGGAGGGAAAUUCAAUUAUAAGCUCCUAAAGAAUGCAGUCGCUCGAACUAAUUUCAUUUAUGGUGGCCUGGGACUGAAACUAGAUCGAACCGUGUUUCCUAAUGGAUCUGUGGAUCCUUGGUCCGCUUUAGGGAUCACCUCUAAUACAACAGGAAAUGUUGCCAUCUUUAUUCAAGGAACGGCGCAUUGUGCUGAUAUGUAUCCAUCGUCGCCGAAAGAUUCACUCGAACUAACUGAAGCAAGAAAUGUGAUUGAAAGUCAUCUCCGCUCGUGGAUCUCAAUCGAAUGAUUUGAAUCUCAUUAUUAGAAUAUUCUGCGCUGUUCAUUAGACUACGACAAAGUGCAUCAUAGGCUAGACUCUUUACUCUUUGUACUCAAAGACCUAUUGAUUAAAAGUGUUGCGAAGUUCGUCUAUUUGAAACCAUAA